ACUGUUAUUUUAUGAGAGCCGUGGCUGUCUCCUACCCUCAAAACAGAUGACAGCAUCGAGCACGACAAUCAAAGAAAAUUGACAGAACUGUUACAGCGACUCUCGAAGUGCUAUUUGAGGAUUAUCUCUUAUUUAAACUGUACAUUAUGAUCAUUUGUAGACCGGGAACUAUUUGCUUUCAAACACACAGGCGACCGUUUAGCUGUUAACGUUAAAUCGCGGGUCAUGUAUUUUUCACAGCAUCAUGAUUGAUCUUCUAUAAACGGAUGUGUCAGUAUCAGCGCGCAGACCCUUUCGUGUUAUUGAGUAUGUUAACCGCGUGACAGCGGGUUAUUUGAAACCGUCGCCGACUUAAAAAAUAAAUAAAUAAAAAUAAAUAAAAAAAGCUAAUUGCUGUCUGUGAAGUUGCAGCAAUGGCUUCGGCUCUGAGCUGCUUCAGCGGUCCCGAGGUGUUGGAGGACGUAAAUCACGCUCGGGGUUUGAUGAAAGAGUUGAAGUUACUGUACGACUGUCGGCUGCUCGGGGACGUUACCAUCGGAGUUGAAUGUGAGGAGGAUUCGCUGGAGCAAAAAGGCGAGUCGACCAGAGGUGACAUUGACCAACUUUUCCUGUGUAGCCGCAACGUCCUCGCCGCUGCCAGCCCGUACUUCAAAAGCAUGUUCACCGGCGGGUUGAAUGAGAGCAUGCAGGAGAGAGUGGUCAUCCGCGGUGUGGACGCCGAGUCCAUGUCCGUUAUCAUCGACUAUUGUUACACAGGCAGGGUGACCAUCACGGAGAGCAACGUCCAGAGGCUGUACGCAGCUGCCAAUAUGCUUCAGCUCGAGUACAUCAGGAGAGCUUGCUCCAGCUUCAUGACAAGAAGGCUGGACCUCUCCAACUGUGUGGGGAUACUGAAAUUUGCAGACACCUAUGACAAUCCUGAAUUGAAGGAGAAUGCGCAAGCUUUCAUAGCCAGGAACUUUAGCCAGGUGUGUAGCGGAGGGGACCUUUGCGAGCUGGAUUUGAUGCAGUUAAAGGAGUUGUUGUCUCUGAACACUUUGGAUGUGGACUGUGAAAGGAAGGUGUGCUCGGCUGCUUUACAGUGGAUAGAGGCUAAUGCGCCGCAGGAAAGAGAGGUUGCACUACAGGCGCUGAAGUGUGUGCGCUGGAACUUGUUUACAGAGAAGGACAAGAACUACCUGGAGGGCCUCAUGGCAAGGCCUUUAAUUGAGAAAUACCUUGCGUCUUUUUUUAACAGAUCUGCAGAGGACGGCUGUGGAAUGGCCGCAACUCUGGAAGUACCAAAGCACAGAAUAGGUGUAAGCGCAAAAGAAAUGAUUCUCUUCUUCGGCCUGCCCAACGACAACAUAAUGUGCUGUGACCCUUACUCAGCGGACCUGUAUUUCAUGGCUCCUCCUUUAGAAGACCUCAGCAGCCAGGAUUACAAACGUUCCACCAUGGAGUCCUUAAUCGCCUGCGCCACACCUGAAAACAACUUGUACCUGGCCUCCCACCUCUCUAAACACUUCUGGCUGUACAACCCUGUGCUCAACAGCUGGCAGGAGCUAGCAGAGAGACCCCUGGGGAGGAUACACUCUGGGAUGGGCUACCUCAACGGCCAUGUGUACCUUCUGGGAGGACGAAAUCCAGUGACUGAUGCCAGACUGAAGGAAGUGGAGUGUUAUAGCGUCCAGAGGAACCAGUGGACCUUUGUGGCUCCUCUGCCUCAUUCUCUAGGUAAAAUGCAGGUGGUGGCACUAAAUGACCAGUUGUAUGUGGUGAACAAAAGGAGAAUGCUUUGCUAUGAUCCCAAGAGGAACCGCUGGCGCCACUGUGGGUCUCUGAGAAGAGACAAGCUUCACAAGGCCUGCGUGUUUCAGGACCAGAUCAUCUGCGUGUGCGACAUCCCUGUGGUGAAAGCCUACAGCCCCAACAAGGGGGAAUGGAAGAGGCUGGGUGACAUUCCCAUUGACAGCCGUGCUCUAAAUUACCAGGUGAUCCAGCACAACAACAAGCUCCUCCUCCUCACUCAGACUUUGCUGCAGCACAACAAAAACCGGGUCCUCAUCCAUGAAUACGAACCAGCCAGGGACACCUGGAAGAACGUCAUGGCAGUGUAUGUGUCCACCUUGGGGCCCGUGUGUGUUUCAACACGGGUGUACCCAGCAUGCCUGGGCUCUGCUCACAGCUUCUGUACAGAGGAGGACGAUGAUAGUGGCUCCAGUGCCGACUGGGACUUUGAUGGGUUGACAGACCCAGACUCGGACUCUGGUAGCUCUAGCUCUUUCUCAGAUGAGAACUGGUAGUGAAAUGUGUUAAUGUGUCAAAUAAAAGUUUAACUUAUUUAUAAUGUAAUGGAUUUAUACAGGGUUCUGUCUGUCAGGAGAGGUCACGGAUCCAGAUUAAAUUUAGUAUUAAAGCCAUUAAUUUAUAGUAGAAGCACAGGUCCAUCAAAUCUUUACUUCACAUGGACAGUUUUCUUCCAUGUCUCACCAGUCUGGCUAAUGAGUAUUUUCAGAAGGAGAGAAGAAACUUUUUCAACCAGCGAGGACAAAUACCAAAAGACAAGGGCUUUAUAUCAUGUCCUGGGAACAUACAGGACAGUAUGAUGUCUGGUGGAGUCUCGUUUACACAAUAACUCAAGACAAAUACAUGAUAGAACCGUAAGUGUACAGCUAUAGGUUAUAGAGGGGAUGAUCCUACACUUCCCAUAAUGCCGUCUUUCCAAACUGAGCCUUUGCAGGGUAGAUGCACAUGACCUGAGGAAAUAUUUUUGAAUGAAACUGAAGUUUAAUAUACAUUUUCACAGCAGAGACAUGUUUAACGCAGGUGCUACUAAUAAUAUGAUUAAUUGCUGGAACUGAGCCAUUGUUAAUGUUAUUACUUUCACAUGUGCUCUUCCUGCCAAGACAAGUCAAAAAGUCCUGUGAAACCGAUCUGUGAAUCGUAAGAGUGCUCUGAUGCUACCAGCUAUGAAGAUUCAUGCAGGAAGCGAAAGGACAUUUCAAGUACAAAAUGAACAGACUUUUGACAGGGUGGAAAAGAAAUACUUGACGCUCAAACCACGUUAGUCAAAUACAAAAUACAAAGACGCCUUGAGUUCGGGAGAGCUUUGUGUUUGUUAGCUACAUUUUCUUCAGUUUUUCUAUGGGGGGGGGGGGCAUGACAAAGAAGUUUGGGAACCACGGCCAUAGUGCAAUUUAAUUACUUCUUUUGUCAAACUCUUCCUGCUUGGUGAACACCCACAUUCUUCUUUCCUACUUUGAUAAAGCAGGCUGUCUGUUUCAAAUGUGUACACUCCAAAGCCAAGAUAAGAUACCCGGGUGAUGUAACCUGAGAAAUUUCUUUAUACUUAACAAUGCUCCUCCAGAGCUACAAAAGACAUUAUCGGUGAAACUUUUAGCACAGGCUGAGUUGUACUAACCAUAACUAAUAAACUGACUUAUUGAAUCGGUGGAGGGCCCCUCUAAUGCUCGUUGCUUGUGUUGUGUUAUAUAAAGAGAAGUUUGUGACAGAAAUAUUUGCUAAUAAAGGAAAAUAGAACAUAGGCGGCAAAUGCUUGCAGCAUUCACACCCAAUAACAUUUUACCGAGCUCGAAUACAAUACUGCUUAUGAUUGGUUUAAAAUCAUAAAUUACUUUUGGGUCAUCAGGCAGCUUAAGUGCCUCAUGUUGAUGACUUCAAACACAACUGGUCAUUCACAAGGCUUUAAAAUGUGCUGCCAUUUUGAUGUUGAUGAUGCACAUCAAGACGUCACACACAGCCAGUGUUGUGAAAACUACUGUAUGAAAUGUACAAGCCAAUGCACUGUAUGCUCACUCAGGUUUAGGCUUCAGCAAAGCCUGUACGCCAUGAUUGACUUUUUUUUUGGAAUGUAGUAAAAUUAAGUGGUUUUAGUGACAAAUAAUACAUUUUAUGAAAUGUAUUUGAAACUAUUGUAUUGAGUGUAUGUGUGUUUUCUUAUCUGAUGAUUCUUUUUUUAAACUUAGCAUUUAUGUUACAAAGUUUGAGUAUUAUUUGGUCCUGAUGAAUUGUUUCAGUUGGAGGACAUUUAUUUUUUGCAUGUAAUAAAACUGUUGCGCGCACACCGUGCAAUCAGUUACCAGUUUAUUAGCUGUGUUAAAACACAUAUAAGUUUCUACUCUGUCUACCCUCAUUGAUGUAAAUGUUGUUGACAAAAUAUUAAUAAAACACCUCGCAGUAUAUAAUGCAAUACCACCAGCUACAUCCUCCUACCAUUAAGUUGAAUCAACACCUCUAAAACGGUUUUAACCAACAUUGAACAUUACUUGAAGGACUUAUUACAGGGCUGUUGUAUGAGACUGUAUUAGUUUUAUCUAGUUGCACCUAAUAAACUGGUAAAUGAGUGUAAAUCUCAUUGUUGUCUCUGUAUGAUGGAUAGUUGAAGUGUUAUAUUGGUUUUUGGUUGUCUGUGUGUGAUUGGCUGUGGUGUGUGUGUGUGUGUGAUUGGCUGUGGUAACACAGUCCAAUUAUAAAGCUGUUUUGGUGUAUGUGUCAAAUAAACAUCCGUGUCUAAUGCA